GGAGUUCAUGUAGGACAGUCGUGGUCGCAUUGGGAGCAUCAGAAAUGUUUUCUAAACUUUUGAUAGUUGUUUUCCUCGCUGUUAUUUUUCACGGCACGCCGUCAGAUGCACAGAAAAAGAAGGAGGCUCUGUUGUCAGAGAAGGUCACUCAGAUGAUGGAAUGGACCAGUAAGCGUGCAAUCAUCAGGCUGAAUGGAGAGAAGUUCAGGAGGCUGAUCAGAGCUCCUCCACGCAACUACUCCGUCAUCAUCAUGUUCACAGCACUACAGCAACAGAGACAGUGUGCUGUCUGCAAACAGGCGGAUGAGGAAUACCAGAUUCUUGCGAACUCUUGGCGAUAUUCGAAUGCAUUUACUAACAGAAUUUUCUUUGCAAUGGUGGAUUUUGAUGAAGGCUCAGAUGUUUUUCAGAUGCUCAACAUGAACUCGGCUCCAACAUUCAUCAACUUUCCGUCCAAAGGCAAACCCAAACGAGCGGACACGUACGAGCUGCAGGUUCGAGGCUUUGCAGCUGAGCAGCUCGCUCGAUGGGUGGCUGACCGAACAGAUGUCCAUAUCCGGGUGAUCAGACCUCCUAACUACGCCGGGCCGUUGAUGUUGGGUUUGCUACUGUCAGUCAUUGGAAGUCUGGCUUACCUGCGCCGCAAUAACCUGGAGUUCCUCUUCAAUAAGAACGUCUGGGCUUUCUCUGCACUGUGUUUUGUUUUGAUCAUGACAUCGGGUCAAAUGUGGAAUCACAUUCGAGGACCUCCAUACGCUCACAAGAAUCCAAACACUGGCCAAGUGAGUUACAUCCAUGGCAGCAGUCAAGCUCAAUUUGUGGCGGAGACGCACAUAGUCCUGCUGUUCAAUGCGGCCGUGACUUUAGGAAUGGUGCUGCUUCACGAGGCCGCGACAUCAGACCUGGACAUUGGAAAAAGGAAAAUCAUGUGUAUGGCAGGAAUUGGUCUGGUGGUGCUGUUCUUCAGUUGGCUGUUGUCCGUCUUUAGGGCCAAAUAUCACGGAUAUCCUUACAGUUUUCUGAUUAGUUAAAUGAAGAUCGUUGGAGGAUUCGUGGCAAAUACUGAUGUUUAAAGUGCCUUGUUGUUUAAAAUGAGUGAUUGAUUUGGUAAACAUCUGCUUCAACCUGUAUGUGCCUUUUUUGUUUUUUCUUCUGUUUAUGUUUUUUUUAAAUGUUCAGUAACAAGCCCUGAUUACAUUUUCAAGUUUAUAAUGAAAGUUUAUGUUGAGAAUUGAAUACCCUGACUGGUAUAGGAUAAGUUUGAAAACACACAGGUUGUAUUGAAGCUGAUAAUGCACUGCUUACUAAUGAGGUUUAAGUUGUAAUCAAAUCAAAUAUUAUAAUAUAAAUAUACAAUUUUAUAAAGAAAUCGGUUUAGUUACAAUAAUUCAAUUUGGAGAUGCACAAAGGCAAGCAAGGUUUUUCAAUUCUACCUCAUAAAUGUGCAUAUCAAGUGUUCCAAAGUCAAAGUAAAGCAGUCUGGUGUGUGAGGUGGUUCAGCGUCAGAUCGAGGGAAAGCUCAGGUUGUGUGUCUUAAACAAGCAGAGCAGUUCUGUGUUUGCUCUUGUUAUGCCUCAGGUGAUGAUGUCUGUUAAUGUCUGAUUAAAAGUGCCUUGAUUGCUUGUUGCAUUUCAUUAGUUUUGAAAUCAGCUUUAAUUGUUUAUAGACAUUUUAAUCUUUCUAUACGUGUGAGUCAUUCAGUUUUGAAACUGGAGAUUUCAGUCAGAUCUUACUGCAUAUAUCAGAUGAUCCACAAAUGGAAGCGGUCCGAGUAUUGACUAGGUUUGGGUGAAUCUCACAAAAACGUCAUAUUUCUUCCCAAAAUAAUAUGAGAAAUCAUAUUUGACAUAAAGCUGUAUCCAAAGCCGUAAUUGUUAUAAUGCAUCUGGAUGUUUUGAUUUUGAGUCUGUUUGUAAUUAUAAUUACCAUUAUUCUCAUUAGAUUUUCAUUGCUGUAAUACAAUAAUGAAAACCGGGUUCAGUCAUGGAAUUUUACAGUUAGGAUUUCCAGGCCUAUAUAUUUUAUUUCUUUCUAGUUAUGCUCUGCACUAUUAUAUUUCAUUGCCUAGAAAUUCCUCUUGAUGAAUAUAAUUUCAAUCCAAUUGUUUUAAAAUUUCUGGUAACAUUUUACAAAAAGGUUGUAAAGGUAAACAUUAGUUGACAUGAACUUACAAUGAAAUAUACCUUUUACAGCAUUUAUUAAUCCUGGUUAAUUUCAACAUCUGCCAAUAAAUUUUUUGAUUUAACAUUUGUAUAUGUAAACAUUGGGUAAUGCAUUAUGAACUGACAAUUGAGUUUUCAUAAAUUAACAUUAAUUGAUUAUUAAUAAAUGCUGAAACAAAUGUUGUUCAUUGUUAGUUAAUGAUAACUAAUGCAAACAAAUAGAAUCUUAUUGUGAAGUGUUACCAAAAACCAUUAUGCAGUAAUCCACACAAUUGGAAAACGUUAAAAAAAAAAACUUGUGUUGGUGUUUUUUUAUUAUCAUUACAUACUUUACACUUUUAAAAAUGUGUUUUUUCUUAAAUGUAAUGUUUUCCUCAUUAAAAAAAGUUUUAC